GGAUUCCUGAAGAAUGAAAAAGAUAAUGCAUUGCUGUCAGCCAUUGAAGACUCUAGAAAGAGGACUUUUGCUAUGGCUGAGGAGUAUCACCGAGAAUCAAUGCUGGUUGAGUGGGAACAGGUGAAACAAAGGAUCCUUCAUACCCUGCUUGCAUCAGGGGAAGACGCUCUCGAUUUCACCCAGGAAAAUGAGCCUAGCUAUGUUGGUGAGUUGGGUCCUCCAGGUCGCAGCUCUCUGGACAACAUGGAGAUGGCGUAUGCUCGUCAGAUUUAUAUUUAUAAUGAGAAGAUAGUGAAUGGACAUCUGCAGCCUAACCUGGUGGACCUUUGCGCUGCUGUUGCAGAACUGGAUGAUAAGAACAUCUCUGAGAUGUGGGCCAUGGUGAAACAAAUGACCGAUGUUACCCUGGUUCCUGCUAGCGAUGCCUUGAAAGUCCGGACCAACAUGGAGGUGCGUAUGGAGUUCGUGAGGCAGGCUCUGCGCUACCUAGAACAAAGUUACAAAAACUACACCUUUGUGACAGUCUUCGGAAACUUGCACCAGGCUCAGCUGGGUGGAGUCCCAGGCACCUACCAACUAGUCCGCAGCUUCUUGAACAUCAAACUCCCUGCGCCUGUCCCUGGUCUUCAGGAUGGUGAGGUGGAAGGCCAUCCUGUCUGGGCACUGAUUUACUACUGCAUGCGCUGUGGAGAUUUGACUGCAGCCAUGCAUGUGGUGAAACGGGCACAGCACCAACUGGGAGAGUUUAAAACCUGGUUCCAGGAGUACAUGCACAGUAAAGAUAAAAGACUGUCUCCUGCCACAGAAAAUAAACUGCGUCUUCAUUACAGGCGAGCUCUGAGAAAUAAUACUGACCCGUACAAAAGGGCUGUCUAUUGUAUUAUUGGCCGUUGUGACAUUACAGAUAACCAGAGUGAAGUUGCUGAUAAAACAGAAGAUUAUCUUUGGCUAAAACUGAACCAAGUGUGUUUUGAUGACAAUGGUGCAAGUUCUCCACAAGACCGACUAACGUUAUCACAGUUCCAGAAGCAGCUACUAGAAGAUUAUGGUGAAUCACAUUUUGCAGUGAACCAGCAGCCUUUCCUCUACUUCCAAGUAUUGUUCUUGACAGCACAGUUUGAAGCUGCAAUUGCUUUUCUCUUCCGGACAGAGCGUUUGCGUUGUCAUGCUGUUCAUGUUGCAUUGGUCCUGUUUGAGUUAAAAUUGCUCCUGAAAUCUUCUGGGCAGAGUGCACAGCUAUUAAGCCAUGAAGCUGGUGACCCUCCUGGUGUCAGGCGUCUAAAUUUUGUGCGGCUUUUGAUGCUUUACACACGUAAGUUUGAAUCAACAGAUCCAAGGGAAGCUCUUCAGUAUUUUUACUUUCUCAGGAAUGAGAAGGACAGCCAAGGAGAGAAUAUGUUCUUGCGUUGCGUUAGUGAACUAGUAAUUGAAAGCAGAGAGUUUGAUAUGAUUCUUGGAAAGCUGGAAAAUGAUGGUAGUAGAAAGCCUGGAGUGAUAGACAAGUUUACAAGUGACACAAAACCCAUUAUUAACAAAGUGGCUUCUGCAGCAGAAAAUAAAGGAUUGUUCGAAGAAGCUGCAAAACUCUAUGACCUUGCAAAGAACCCUGACAAAGUUUUGGAACUGAUGAACAAGCUCCUCAGUCCCGUCGUUCCCCAGAUUGGCACUCCCCAGUCGAACAAAGAGCAAAAGAACAUGGCCCAUGCCAUUGCUGAGAGGUACAAAGCUCAGGGGAUAAGUGCAAAGAAAUCCAUUGACUCCACGUUCUAUCUUCUGCUAGACUUAAUCACGUUUUUCGAUGAAUAUCACGCUGGUCACAUUGACAGGGCCUUUGAUAUUAUUGAGCGCCUAAAGCUUGUACCUCUUAGCCAAGAUUGCGUAGAGGAGAGAGUCGCUGCCUUCCGGAAUUUCAGCGAUGAAAUCAGACACAAUUUAUCUGAGGUCCUGCUUGCAACCAUGAAUAUUCUAUUCACCCAGUAUAAGAGGAUGAAAGGCACAAGCCCAGCCACUCCUGCCAGACCCCAGCGGGUAAUGGAAGACAGAGAUUCGCAACUUCGAUCUCAGGCUCGUGCACUGAUAACGUUUGCUGGAAUGAUCCCUUACAGAACAUCGGGAGACACGAAUGCAAGACUGGUGCAGAUGGAGGUCCUUAUGAAUUAGCAGAGAAGCUUUUACGUAGGGUUGCAGCAACCUGUGCCCAUCUUUAGUACGUUCAGAGGGUGGGACCAGGAUCAUUUUGUAUUCUGUAUUUUUGUUGAUGGAAAUAAAUUUCUUUGAUUUCUA